UCCUCUGGCGAGGUGGCUGCAGGCUGACGAGGCAAGCGGACUACAUUUCCCGGAGUGCCUAGCGCUCUGCCGCGGCAUAUAAAAGGCUAUGCCAGACACGCUGGCGUUAGAAAGCGGGAGUAAUCUUGAGCGUAUCGGAAGGCGUACUUGCAGUACCUGAGGCGUCAGCUUGUCUUCCUGUGGUCAAAAUGUGCGACAAACCCGAUCUGUCUGAAGUGGAGAAGUUUGACAAAAAGAAGCUGAAAAAAACCAACACGGAAGAGAAGAACACCCUUCCGUCCAAGGAAACUAUUGAACAGGAGAAGGAAUGUGGGAAGACAUCGUAGAGAUGGCCCUUGAUAUGCAGUGCCCAUUCUCUCUUCUUUACUCUCGUUUGCAUUAAUUUUUUUUUACCACAAUGUAUAUUGUAUUAAAUGCUGCAGCUCCCAUUGCAACCCUCCCACCUCCACUGCUUUGGAUUCCUGUGCAGCCUUGUCAACACCAGACUGCUCCUCCCCUGCACGGCCAUGGCCUCCUUCGGGGGAUGAUGCUGCCGCCUGUAUUGGUGAGGGGAGAAUAAACGACACAGAAGAGGGGAUCUAGGGAUCAUGUGGCUCAGACCCCAAUCCUUCCUGCCCCAUCUUGCUCAAUUGGGGCAGUUUCAGGGGCUGAGACAUGUCCACUGUAUUUGCUCACUAAUUGUUUCUGCAGCUCUGUUUGAUUUGUCUUCCUGAAAAAUUAAAACUGAUUAGAAAAAUUAAAAAAA